AAUUAUUUAGUAGGUAUUUGUCAAUUUGUGAGAAGUGCUAUGUCGCGUAAAUUUAUGAUGGCCUAAAGUAUUUUAAAAGGAGCUUGUUGUCGGUUUUAGUAUUAAGCGAUUUAUUUCGCAAGUACGGAAGCGAGAUAAAUUAACGUGAUAUAUUGCUGUGAUGGAGAAUAAACUGAAUUAUCGUUUGUGUUAAUGGCGAAAAUAUUAGUGUGUCGGUGUGUUGUUUAGUGAGAGGCGAUGGAUCGUCGAUGCUCACAGUCGGUCCGGACGCUGGUUUUCGACGAUUCCGAUUCUGAUCCACCUAAAAAUGAUCAGAAGAAGAAUUUGUCGUCGUCCGUUGCUCCAUCAUCCUUGAACCAGAGCGCUGAAGAUGCGGGUAAACGCAGCAACUUGCUGCGCAUGCGUCGCUCGGCGCUCGGCAAGUCGGCACCGACACUCUCCGUCCACGUGAAAGAGCCAUGCGCGGUAUCGCGUCGUCCGUCGCGUCUGCCGCCACCGCCGCCUCACCAUCGACUGUCUCUUGUGGUCGGUUCAGGCAGAUGCAGUUCCCCCGGCACGGGGCCCCUCUCGCCGGCCGAGGGGCCCCGGUGGCACGCACACCACGCGCACCCGCUGCACCACGCGCUGCUGUCGUCUAGCGUCAAACGGGGGAAGGAUCUGAGUAAGGAUAUAGACGGCAGGAGAUGGUCAGUCGCUUCAUUACCAUCGUCCGGGUACGGGACGACUCCGGGGAGCUCCAGUUUGUCGUCGCAAUGUUCGUCGCAAGAGCGUCUGCUAGCGGUGCAGGCGGCGUGCGAGCCGCCGCGUCACUGUCCACACUGCCAUCAACAUCAGAAUUCGCUCAACAGCUCGCAGGGCAGCGGCAUGAACUGGGCGUCGCUGUCGGACAGCGGCGGCAGCGGGCCGGCGCCGCGCCCCGCCUCGCCGCCGCACUCGCCCUCGCCCAGGGGCAUACCGCGACGCGUUAGGAGCAGGAGCUUGAGUUCGCCGUCCCGUUCCCCGGGCGGCGGCAGCGCGGGCUCGGACGGUUCCCGCGAGGACGCAGUCACGGCUAUGUCGGCGCUCUUCGCAGCCAGGUUCCCGGCCGCACAACGCGCUAUGAACGAUAAGUUGCAUGGCCUCAUAGAUGAGUUGACCGAGCUUGAUAAAAAACCGGACCGGCCGCCCAUCGAGAGAUUCGUGCAACGACAGGUUCUAGAAAUGGCGCGCGACUGUCUCCACAAGUCGGAGUCGAAGCAAGUGACGAGCAGUUACUUCUACGACAUGGCGGACAGCUUGGAUCGGUUGCUGGCUGAGACGCGCGAAAAAUCUCCCGAAGCGGGGGGUCGAGUAGCACCCCUAGUGACACGACUAACACUUGCGAUGGCGCGACCGGCUCGACUACUGGAGUGUCUCGAGUUCGAUCCCGAGCGGUUUUACCGGUUGUUGGAGGCUGCUGAAGGACAUGCUAGGUGUACACAGGGCAUUUCAACGGACAUCCCGCAGUAUAUAAUCCACAAGCUGGGCCUGUCGAAGGACCCGCUGGCGGAGCUGGCCGUGCCCCCGCCCCCGCCGCAGCCCCCGCAGCCCUGCGAGCCCUCCAAGUUGCGUGGUCGAACCUCUCCACCAGGGUCCUCUGGUGGGACACCCUCGGAAAAUGAUUACCAGGUCAUCAAACUGAUCUCCAAUGGAGCCUAUGGAGCCGUUUAUUUGGUGAAGCACAAACAGACGAGACAGAGAUACGCAAUGAAGAAAAUAAGCAAAAACAACUUAAUACUACGGAACCAAGUGGAGCAAGCGUUCGCUGAGAGGGACAUAUUGAGCUUUGCUGAUAACCCUUUUGUGGUGACAAUGUACUGCUCGUUUGAAACGAAACGUCACCUAUGUCUAAUCCUCGAGUUCGUCGAAGGCGGUGACUGUGCUACACUAUUACGUGCCGGACCAUUGCCCCCGGACAUGGCUCGUCACUACUUCGCCGAGGCGGUGCUCGCGGUGGAGUACCUGCACUCGUACGGCGUGGUGCAUCGCGAUCUGAAGCCCGACAACCUACUCAUCACAGCCACUGGCCACAUAAAGCUCACUGACUUUGGACUCAGCAAAAUGGGUCUCAUGUCAUUGGCAACGAAUCUAUACGAAGAGUACGCUGACCGCGAAGCGCGCCAGUUCUCUGAUAAGCAGGUCUGCGGGACGCCCGAGUACAUCGCGCCGGAGGUCAUACUGAGACAGGGUUACGGCAAGCCGGUGGACUGGUGGUCGAUGGGCAUCAUCCUGUACGAAUUUUUGGUGGGCUGUGUGCCCUUCUUCGGUGACACGCCUGAAGAACUGUUUGCGCACACUGUUAAUGACGACAUAGAGUGGCCAUCGGAAGACGACUUCCCCAUAGCGGUGGAAGCGAGAACGAUUAUUACUGAGCUGCUCGCGCGCAACCCGCGCGAUAGACUCGGCACUGGGGGCACUCAUCAAGUUAAAGAACACAUAUAUUUCUACGGACUAGACUGGAACAAUUUACUCCGUCGGAAAGCUGAGUUCAUACCGCAGCUGGAGAACGAUGAAGACACCAGCUACUUUGAUAGUCGCUGCGACCGUUACAACCACAGCGAGGUGGAAACGGACGAGACAGCGGAGGGGGAGGGGGAGGCGGGCGCGGGGGCUGCGGGGGCGAAGGGGGAGGGGGCGGGGGAGGAGGCGGGGCUGUUCGCGGCCUUCUCCUCCACCUCGCCGCAGUGGAGGCGGCACUACCACUCGCACGACUCGCGGAGCACGGACAGCUGGCCGGGCACGCCGGACAGCGCGGGCCCGCCGAGCACGCCCACCGCGCCGCCCCACCACCAUCCCAAGUGUCCGAUGGUGUGCGGCACGAACUCCGCGGAGUCCUCACAAACGGACUCCGACGACGUGUCCCCAGCGGCCCGUCGUCGUGUCGCACUCCGGCCGCUCGCACACGCGCACACGCACACGCACGUGCACGCACACGCGCACGCACACACACACGCGCACGCGCACGCACACGCGCACGUGCACCCGCCGUCGACGCUCGCGCAGCCGCCGCAGCAGCUGCAUCCGGCGUUGCUGCCGAAACCUUCGGAAAGCAAGAAAGAGAAGGAAGAGAAGUCAUACGACAAGGUGGAUAAGAUAGAGCGGGACAGAAGCAAGCCGAUCGCGCUCGCGGCGCCCAAGGCGAUGCGCCGCUCAGCCAGCACCAGCGGCCUGUCGCUAGUCAUACACCCAGCGGAGGACAGCAUAAUAAGCGUGGGCGGUGGAUCUCCAUGCGCGGGAAAUACAUCGUCGACGAAUUCGUCGCGCGACUCGUCGCCGUGCCGCGACCCGCCUUCGCCGUUCGCUAUUGCUAACCAUUCGUUGAUACAAUCAUCAAAACCGCCCAUAGUAGUGCGUCGCGGGCCGCGCGGUUUCGGCUUCACGAUACACACAGUGCGUGUGUACUAUGGAGACACGGAUUAUUACACUAUGCACCAUUUGGUUUCGGCGGUCAGCGAACAAGGUGCAGCCUGGGCGGCGGGUCUGCGAGCCGGUGAUCUUAUCACUCAACUUAACGGAGAGUCCGUGCAAGGGUUGCUUCAUACACAGGUGUUAAGGUUGCUUUUGGCGGCUCCGCAUGCUACACUCCGUGCUACGCCUCUCGAUCAAACUACGAUACAGGCGGGUGGACGCCGACGUUCGGGCGGUCGGCGCGCGUCUGCACCACCGCGCCCGCGGCCAAGACGCCGCUGUUCGCUGUUUAGACGCAUUUCCACUAAACGAGCUUCGCAGGAGAUGCAUCAGAUGGUGUCAGGCGGCAGUAGCGAGAGCUCGUCCCCCGCGCCCGCCGCCGUGCCCGCACUCACUGACGCGCCGCUGCACAACGCGGCCACCACGCACUAUCAGCGGCCGUCGUCCCUCCACGGGCUGAAGCACAAGCUGGGCGCGGUGGCCGCACACGCCGGCGCGGGCGGCGAGGUGCGGCGCGGCUCGCUGCAGCACAUGCCGCUGUCGCCGCUCGCGCGCACGCCCUCGCCCUCGCCGCAGCCGCCGCCGCCCGCCUCGCCCACCAGCCGCGGGUGCGAGGCGCGCAGCCCGUCGCCGCUGGCCGCGCGCGAGUGCCGCCGCGCCUGGCCGCGCCGCGACCCCGCCUCGCCGCUGCUGAGGCGCGCGCUGUCGCCUGACAGACUACACCCCCGUUCAGCGGAAGCCAAGUGCUCCAUAUCCCCCCUCUGCUGCGGGGGUGUGAGCACAAGUGCGGGGGGUACUGUGGGCCCCCCUCGCCGCGGGGGGACCUGGCGUGCCCCCGCCCCCGCGCCCCCCACUCCGCCCCCCACGGAUAAGGGGGAUGAGCCGCUGUUGCCAAGGAUAGCUGAGGAGAAGGAUUCGCCUACUCAUCAUGCAGCUAGAUUGCCUACUAGGACGCCGGCGAAGCAGUGCACGCCGAGCAUCUUCACGUCGUCCCCGAAGGCGAGCGCGGACAAGUCGACGUUCGACGCUAACGCUUCGUUCGCUUCGCUCUCGCUGUCAGACGAGUCGUUUGUCGAUACCAGUGUGGACGCGUCCAAUUUGGACACUUCGAGGGAGAUGCAAGUUACAGACAACAGCCGAUCAAGCACAGAUACGAGCAUUCCAUCGUCUGAAAUGAGCAAAAAGCUCACCACGACCCAAGAGUCGACCUCAAUACCGGAGAUUCAAAUAAAAACACGGAAGAAGUCCGACUCGAGUCUAAAGGACGAAGAUUUCAAAACGAAAGAGAAAUCUAAAUCGAAACAGGAGAAACAAGAGAAGUCUGAACUGAAGAAACAAGACUCGAUGAAGAAAAGUGAGAAAUCGGAGUCGAAAGAACUGAAAAAACAAGACUCGAUCAAAAAGAUAGAGAAAGUAGACGUGAAACCGGAAAAACCUCAAGAGUUAUCGAAGUCUGAUGAAAAGAAAUUAGAGAAAAUGGAGAGGAGCGGAUCUGUGAAGCGAGUGGAGACUAAACAAGAGAAACAGGAGAGAGAGAAAGAGUUGAAGGAGGCGAAGAAACAAGAGAAGCAAGAGAAAGCGGAUAAGAAGCAAGAGAAGAUGGAAGCGAAGCGGUCGGAGUCGAUGAAGAAGGAAAAUCUGAAGAAGCAGGAGUCGGUUGAGACCAUUAAGUCGCCGGACACGGACACGAGCGAGGGCCGUGGUAAGAGCGUUGUGAGCAAGUUGCUCGGCGUUAUGGGUCGUAAGCGGGACGACGACGAGCACCGCGGACGACGAGCCGACAAACAUGCCAAGAAGAAGAAUACAUCCGCGCCCCAAUUUCAGAUGCCAAUACCAUCGAAGCCGUGUGACGUAUCCACGAGCGAUAAGAGUGCGGAAAAGGAGAUCGAAGACAAAAAAGCGAAAAAGCGAGGCAGGGCCUCUAGCUCCUCCUCUGGGGAAAAGUGAAACAGAUAUAUGCUUGUCUAUGUCACUAUUGUAAUAAAAAAAAAACUCGACUGUAUUUGACAGUUUCGAAUUGGCGCGCGGUUUUCAAAGUUGGAAUGUGUAUUUUUUUUAAUGUGUGUGGGAUUUUUAAAGUUUGAAUAUGGCAACGGUUGUUCGAUGUGUAUUUUUUUAAUAGUAACGUGUCUUCUAGGAUUCAUGCAGUAAAGUACAUUUUUAAAUAAAAAAUCAUUUCUAUUUUUUGUAUUCUUGUAACCGUUUUAUAUGCAAGCUGCGUAUUGCUAUUUCUUACAGUGUAGUUGUAACAUUUCAAGCUAUUAUUAGGAACAAUAAAUACUGUAAUGUGUAAUGGUCGCCAUUUUUAGAAAGUAGUUAAAUUUAAAAGAGUGAUUCGGAUACGGAUACUAGUUUGUUCUAAUUUUUCUAUAUAUGGUGUUAAUGUGGAAUGAAUUUGAGACUUGUGUUUAACGUGAUGGGGUUCAUAAUGUUUUGUGUAAAGAUUUUUGUAAUAAUGCUUUGCUAUUUCAAAUAUUUCUGUAUAGACGUUAGUAACGGCUUAAUAUAACGUUUGGAGAAAUUUUAAUAUGAACGAGUCAUGUCUUAAGGUUGUCAAGUUAGUACCGACUUGAAUGAAAUAAAUUUCAUAAUACUUUCAUACAAAAUAGCUUUUUUCGAUAUUCUUGAGUGUUGUACUUUAACGUUAUAUUAAAAAAAAUCUAAGCUUUACCUAGACUAUGUAUUUUAUAAAGCGUUGUAAAGUGACGAAUAAGAUAUACAUAUUAGAGUGAAACGGCACGCUCUUAGUCUAAAGGUUCUUUCAGGCGAGUUGGAACUUAAUAAAAUGUACUUUUUUUUUUCAGUAUUACAAUGUUGAGGCAUAUAGAUUUAAUAUAAAUAUCACACUUUUUUAAAGUUGUAAUUAUUUUUUUUGUGAAAGAUUUUAAUCUCAUCGUACUUGGUGUUUAGGGUAGAUGUUUGAUUUAGAUAAUAGAUUUACUAAUUGUGAUAGUAAUUUUAAUAGGUUUUAUUUUUGUUAGUUAUUUUCUUUGAUUUUCGUUACAUUUAAUUUUUAUAUAUUAAUCAAUAAACGUGAAUAAAUUACUAAACUGUAUUCCGUAGAUAUAGUAUUUUGUAAUUUCAUACGUAAACAGUAUGUUAACUUAAUGUGCUUUUUUCAUUUUGCUUCCGUACGUUAUGUUAUUCUUUAUUUGCAAUAAUUUCAUUUCUCACUAUAAGUGCCAUAACUCUGUUAUCUGCUGCUGCUUUCAUUAUCAAUAAGAGAUUUAAUUAUAUAAAAUAUCUACCAGUAACAUUUGUAAAUUUAUUGUUUCCGUAUUGAGACGUUUUUUUGUCUUCCAAUUUGUUUUUAUUACUGUUGCGUUAUUUAAUCCGAAAUAUUAUUAUUUUACAAAUUGUUUCACGGAAUAAAUUCUGUUUUUUUAAUUAUUGUCGAACGGCUGUAGACAUUCCACGUGAAUUUAUAAUUUAUUCUCAGUAAUAUUCGGCUCAUCGUUUUGUUGAUUGUUCACGAAAUACUCAUUAGUUGUUAAAAAUUUCUUGCUACGUAUAAUGGUGAUACAGGGUUAACAUAUAACUACCCUAUUUUAUAUAUUGUUUAAGCUUAAAUUGUUAUUUUAAAAUUACGAACGCCUGAUAUUGUUUUUGGGACCAUAAUUUGAAAUUAUGUAUAUUGUAAAGUUAACUAUAAUUUUGUAUGAUAAUUUAAUUCACAUUUAAACGUUUUAAUCACAGUUAAAAUGUUCGAUAUCGAUGUUAUUCAGCGUAGGAUAUAAUUUUGUUGGAGCAUGUAAGCUAAUAAUGUAGAUUCGUCAUAUUAUCUUCAUCUCUGUGUUGUUUCCUGCCAUGAAUAAUGCUUAAUUUAAAUUUAUUUAGUGUAAUGUUCAAUGUGAUUUAUAAAUAACAGUCUAUAGUGAAUGAGAUAUUUUCUUUAGGAUACGUGUACGAAUUGAUACAAAUACGAAUAAAGUCAUGAAUUAACUGUUCUUAAA